CAAAAGUGAAAUACAAAAAAUAUGUAUGACAUUUAAUGUGAAUGGUGUUUUAUUUCUAGUAUCUUUGGACUGCUUUGUCAAAAAUUGCACAACAAAUGUUACAAGCCAUGCAAUGAACAUGGUGUCUAAGAAAUUUAUUGACAACACCUGUCACUGGUUGCCCUUUUGUUUAUUCAACUGAUGCAAGUCCAAGCAUGACAACAAACCCCAACCAAUCAAAUUGCAUUAAAUGUAGGUCAUACACACUUGUAUUGUAUAUGCGUACUCCAGCAGCAUAGUAUGACUCACAGCAAUCUACCCUGUAGACAGACGGCAUUUAAUCAGUAUCAUGUCCUAAUUUCAAAGAGUUCUUUCAUGUAAGGCAGAGCACAUAGAAAAUGGAUUCAAGUCCCGAAAGAGACACCUCUGCCAAUUUAGAACUAUGGCGUGGUUUCCUGAAGCCUCUCCACAUCACCAAGUAUGUGGCCAAAAUGCCAGAGCUCAAGAUAAAGCCAGGGGAGAUCAAGAGCCACUGCCUUGCUUCUGAAGUAGCCCUGAAAUUAGCUCUGGAGGGAAAAAGAGAGAUGGCACUUGAGAGAACCUUGUCCUCUGAGACAAACUCUCCAAGUUGUUCUCCACCAGAAAAUUUAAGUCAAAAUUCAAACAAUAGUGGCGGAGGUGUGGGCACCAGUGGUGGACUGUUUACCAGGAGCCAUAGUUUCAACAGAAUGGGAUUCAAUUCACCAGAUUCGGGUUAUACCAGUGAGACUUCUGGGGAAUAUGUGUAUGAACCUGUUACUUAUUUCUUUAACAAAAGUCCAAUAAAACGAAAUGGACAGUCUCAAGGUAACACACCUGUGACAAAAGAAAAGACAACUUGUUCAUUUUUUCAUCCAAAGCAGGAAUUGAAAACUGACAGUAAAUGUGGUCUUACUUUUGAAGCAAACAGUACAAAACAAGGCGUGGAUAGGACAGAUUGUAGUAGCCACAUAUCAAACACACAGUCCUACUUCACCAUCAAGCCAGAAGCUAUGGCAGAUGGAGAAAAUUCUGAUAUUCAGAUUGUGGAAGAAAAAAUUGGUUAUUCCCCUCACCAAUUCCAACAAAUGUACAGCACUGGUAAAGGGGACAUAAUCAUUGAAGGCCAUGAUGGAAGAAUCUCAAGAAGUUGUAGGCUUAUCAGCAAUGAAAAUGAGAAGGUAAAUCUGAUGAGACAAAAUGGACAGCCUGCAGAAAUCACACCUCCAAUGAAAAGAGCCCACUCAGAUCCCUCCCCUGUCCAAAACAGAGUGAAAAGGGCUAGAACUGAUUUAAGUGUUAGACUUCGAACUCAAAACCAGAUGGAGGUAGUUGAGGAGGAGAGUGGAGAAGAAGAUGAUAUUGCAGAAUUGGUCACAGAAACAGCCAACCUCUCAGCUUCCUCUCAGCCUUAUGAUGAUCAUGAGGAAUUCAACUACUCCUCAGCUCUCUCUGCGCUAAAAGAGGGAAAAGCUGUAAAGAUCAGUGCUGAUAAAACACCAAAGCCAACCCGACAAAAAAGACCAAAAAGGACAGACCAAAAUACCCCAGGAAGUGAGUGGGGGUUGGACAUGUUAGCUAAAUACAUCAGCUUCAAACACACAGUACGGGAGCUCAUCAUGCCGUUUGGUAUCAGUGUCAAUGAAGAAGCCAUCAAGUCAAUUAGAAGAGAAAUCAAGGCAAAACAAUCAGUUUUGCAAAUGGCUCCUCUGGAUGGGUUUCAAACACAAACCCACUUGGAGCAGUUUAGUGCAUCAGAAAAUGAUGCCAGGAUCAUUUUAGAUACUAUUCUCAUGCAGCUCUGCCUCAAUGUGGGUCUCAAGAUGACCACAGAACAAACAGUGGACAGCACAUGUAUGCCAACAAACAAAUACGACUACAGAUUUUACAAGGAUGAGAUCUGCAUUGGCUGUCUUGAAGCUAAGGGUAAGACUAACUUCAAUGAAAAAGGUGCAGUGCAGGCCAUCAUGCAGCUAUUAUUACUUCAGCUUGAGAACCAAUCCAAAGACCUCAACGUCAAAAGGAUGCCAUUUUUUAACAUUCUCUCAGAUGGAUUUCAUUUCAUGUUUGUGCGACUAGAGGGAAAGAAGUUGUGUUUUGAAACUGAUCAAAGUUCUCCCGACUCCUAUGGUGGGGUGUUGUUAAGAAAGGCAGACACGUGGCGCUCCCUGGAGGAUAUUAUGAGAAGCAUUGCAUGGUGUAUGGACGAGUCGGCCAAAGCAUCAGUGUUUGCUGUAGAAUCAGCCCAACGCAAACAGAUGGCAGCCCAGGCUUCACCAUCAAGCAGUCAACAACUGACAUCAUAAAGCAAACCUGAUGCACUAACUUCAAGUGUAUUUCAAUAUGAAAACCCAAUCCAAAAAAAAAUUAUUUCAUGUUCAAAUAAAAGGGAAGAUUCACAAAAUCUAUGGCAUUAUCGCACACAGUGGGGAAUAAAAAUGAAUGUAAAAGCCCCCCCCCC